AUGGCGUCACUGUCACCGGUAUUCCUCCCUGAUGAACUGAUUGCAGAAGUGCUAUCACGUCUUACAGUAAAGCUAUUGUUGCGACUGAAGUGUGUGUCUAAGUCAUGGAAAUCCCUCAUCUCCGAUCCCACCUUUGUCAAAUUACACCUUCAUCGAUCUUCACAGCAUGCAUAUUUUACGCUUGUAUGUUCCAUCGAUUUCAUUGUAGCAUCCCUCACAUUUUAUCCUUUGUUUAAAAACUCCCCAAUGAUUUUCGAACUUCCCAAGGAUCCUUAUUGUAAUGAAUUCCAUUAUGUUGUUGGUUCCUGCAAUGGAUUGCUAUGCUUGUUAGGCAAGUCUUUGGUCAAUGGAGAAAUUAAGAAAACAUGGUUUCGCAUUUGGAAUCCGGCCACAAGGACAAUAUCACAGAGAUUAGGGUCUUUUCGCGAUGACGAUCCAACUCCAAGUAUACCUUAUACUUUCACGUUUGGUUGUGAUGAAUCAACCAACACAUAUAAGGUGGUGGCGUUAAGGACAACAGAAAUAAGAGUUCUCAGCUUGUGCAAUAAUGCUUGGACAAAUAUUCAAAACCCCUCUCAGGCUCAUAAUUGCUCGACCAAGGGCGUGUAUACGAGCGGAUGUGUUAAUUGGUUGGCAAUUCACAAUCACUUUGAUCUUAAUUACAAAUGCAAGGAUAUUAAUAUUAAGCAAUUUGUUAUUAUUUCACUUAAUUUGAGCACGGAGACACAUACUCAGUUGCAGCCUCCUCGUGGUUUUGAUGAAGUACCGUUUAUUGAUCCAAGUUUAAGUGUGUUAAAUGAUUGUCUUUAUUUUUCUCAUGAUUUCAAACAAACUCAUUUUAUUAUGUGGAAAAUGAAGGACUUCGGAGUGGACGACUCUUGGACUCAAUUGUUUAAAGUUAGUUAUCAUAAUCUUGAAAUAGAUUAUCCAUUUAAUGACUCCGACCGCUGUUUGUUGCCUGUAUGCCUUUCGGAGAAGAAUGGUACACUUAUAUUGACAAACAAAUAUAGAAGAGGAGCAAUUAUGUAUAACUCGAGAAAUAAUGUAGUACAGAAAAUCGUUAGACCUUGGUGGUGGUUGGGCGCGAAUUAUGUUGAGAGCUUGGCGUCCUAUUGUUGA